GCAGAGCAGAGAGAAAAAAAACAGAGAAGAGAGACUCAUCAAUCAUUUCAUUCUUUAGUUCUUCUUCUUCUUCCUUGGUUCAAAAUCUAUCCUUACAGCUACGGAGAGAGAGAGAGAGAGAGAGAGAGAAGAUUCGAUUAAUUCGAAGCAGAAAAGCAAAAAAAAUUGAAUGGCGGCAAGAGCCAAUAACAAAUACACCUCAAUCAACUUCAACCACAUCCUCCACAAAGAUCCUCCUUCUUCUUCAUCUUCUCCUUAUUCUUCCAACUCCUCCCCCGCUUCUUAUUCCUCCGUCGCUCGUUCCAAUGGCCGUAUGCUCGUCCUCACCAAACCUUCUCCCAAACCUCUCAGAUCUCCCUCCCCUGUCACCACCACCAUUACCACGCCUUCUCUCUCUCCAGCUCCGAUGAUUUCAGAUCAAGCCGUCUCUGAUCCAGAUCCGAAUCAGAUCUCUCUUCGUCCCUUAGGUCAUACCGGACCUGGCUCCUCCCUUUCAUUUCCUGUUCGGACUCCUGAGAAAGUCCUGGAUGUGCCUCCUCCUGCUCCGCUGAUGUCCAUGUCCCCGAAACCUAAUAAGUUCGUGCCUCCCCAUCUUAGGCCAGGCUUUGUUCGCAAGGAUGAGAAACCUCGACUCGACUCCAAUCCCAAUCUGAACCAGGAACAGCCUCGACAGGGAUAUUUCGGUUAUGGACAGACCGGACGGCCCAAAUCGGGCGGGUAUGAGAGGAUCCGAACCGAUCCGAGAUCCACCGGAAACCGACCCGGCACCUCCGGAUGAUGAGCUUUGCUGGGUUUGAUGUCCAGUUUACUCACUCGAUGAUGGAGAUGACUUAGUUAACCAGACAAACAGUCACUUUUCAUUUCUCACUUCUUUUGAUCAAAACCAGAGACUAUCAAAGACCACCCCCGAAAAAAGAUUCAGUAGAUUUGUACAAGUUGUUGGUUUUUGGGAUCAGGGUGAUUGAUACUAAUGACACGAUAACACUUGUCUCACUUAUGUUUCAUAAAAAACUUUACUGUGUUUAUGUACGUACCCUGUAAUUCUGUUUUAGCACGUGUUUGUCUAGGUUUUUAAUCUAUAGAUUCUUCUUCUAUACAGAUUAAAAAGGAAAUAAUCAACCGAGUCAACGAUUUACCA